AAAACUAAAGGAUAUAUCAACUUGAACAAAAUAUCUCUCUAUCUUCCUUUCUUUCUAUCGAAAAAGUCAAAUUUAUCAGAACACCACCCAACACACAGACUUACAAUACAAGUAGAGAAAGGAGCAAACUUGUCUGUUUCUCGCUUUUUUGAUCUCUUUGGAGCUAAUUCAAAUUCACCAAAUAAAAUCUAUAUAAAAAUUUACAAAAAAAAAAAAAAAAGUGAGCUUGAAUUCAUAAAAAUCUCCGAUCUUUCAAUGGACUCCGAUUUCUGGACUUCUCGUCUCGCCGCCGCCAAGCGCCAAUACACGCUUCAGCACCACCAUCAGAGCUCCCACUUAGAUCGAUUGGGUAUCGAUGAUUUUGAGGUGGAGGACGAGGUCCGACCCGAUUUACCAUGUCCGUAUUGCUACGAGGACUUCGAUAUCGUGUCACUGUGUUCGCAUCUAGAAGACGAGCACUCGUGCGAAUCCAAAGUCACUGUUUGUCCCAUUUGCUCUGUUAAAGUUGCACGGGACAUGUUAAGUCAUAUCACGCUGCAACAUGGACACUUGUUCAAGUUGCAGAGACGACGCAGGUUACGUAGAGUUGCAAUUCCUAACAGUCAGGCACUGUCUCUCCUGGGCCGGGAUCUUCGUGAGGCCCAUCUGCAGGUGCUUCUAGGGGGUGGUGGAUAUCGGUCAAACAAUGCUAAUGUGUCUACUGCAGCUACUGAUCCAUUCCUAUCAUCACUUAUUUUGAACUUCCCUGCAUCUGAAGCAGAAGAGAUUUCAAAAUCUGUGGUAAACAGUGCUGAGGACUCUUCUGUAAAGAAUGUAGCACCAGCACAUAUAUGGAAAUCAAGCUUCGAUCCUUCUUUGAGUUAUGAAGAGCGGGAAAAAAGGAUGAAACAAGCUGCUGGAAGAGCAGGUUUUAUGCAAGACCUGCUUUUCACAACUCUGUUAGGCGAGUAAUAGAAGCAGUAAGUUACUUCAUAAAUAAUUGAAUGUGAAUUAUUUAGAAUUCUUGGUAAGGGGGUAUAGUUGGGUGGGAUUGUGAUGGUUUACGUUGCUUGGCAAUGCAAUAUGUGCCUCAUAUGGAUGCCAAAGCAGCACUAUGAGUGCCGAUAAUUAGUUCCCAUUCUUAUUAGUGCCCUCUCCGCUGGAGAUAUUUUUACAUUCCGAAGAAACAUUCCAAAACGAUCUAUUAGCUUAUGAAAAACUGCAAUUUAUGAAAUGGUUAUUCUAUUGUUUUGUAAA